UGCUGGAGGCUUAAGCAUGGAGAUAUACAUUCCUGUGAUGCACAUCUACUGCCCACAGUUGCCUCAGGUCCUGGCAGGGGGAAACAGCUCCAGAGCAAAAGUUCCCACAUCCAAAGGAGUUGCACAAUGCAGCAGCGUUGGGCCUUUGCAGUGAUUAUCAGCUUCUUGUGCUUUUCCAGUGAUGCUUCCCAAAGGAUUCCACUCAAGAAAAUGCACUCAAUCCGAGAGACCCUGCGAGAGAUGGGCAUAAAAGUGUCAGAUGUCUUCCCGUCAUUGAAGUACAGUAAAUACUUUCUUGGAGCAGGGCCUCAUAAUGGGACAGCACCGACUACCCUUACAAAUUACCUGGAUGUGCAGUAUUAUGGUGAAAUAAGCAUUGGCACACCAGCCCAGAUCUUCAAAGUCAUCUUCGACACAGGGUCAGCCAAUCUUUGGGUGCCUUCUCAUCAAUGCUCCCCGCUGUUCAGUGCCUGUGUUUCCCACAACCGCUAUGACUCCUCCAGAUCAAGUACAUACAUGCCAAAUGGAACCAAAAUUGCAAUCCAAUAUGGGCAAGGCAACAUGAAGGGUUUCCUUAGCAAGGAUGUUGUCAUAGUGGCUGAUAUCCCCAUCAUUCAGGUGUUUGCAGAGGCCACAGCAUUAACUAGCAACCCUUUCAUCUAUGCCAGGUUUGACGGAGUGCUUGGCAUGGGAUAUCCCAGCCAAGCUAUCUAUGGUAUCACUCCUGUGUUUGAUCAAAUAAUCUCCGAGGAUGUUCUGAAGGAUAAAGUGUUCUCUGUCUACUACAGCAGAAACUCUGAGCUGAACACUGGGGGAGAAAUCAUCUUGGGAGGCAGUGAUCCAUCUUACUACACUGGGGACUUCCACUAUGUGAGCAUCACCAGGAACGGCUACUGGCACAUUGAUCUUAAAGGGGUAUCUGUAGGGACCGAAAUGUUGUUCUGUCAAGAAGGUUGCACGGUGUCGAUAGAUACUGGGACUUCAUUUAUUACAGGCCCAGCUAGUUCUGUGUCUAUUCUGAUGAAAGCCAUUGGAGCUACUUUGAUGGAAGAAAAAGAUUAUGUCAUUGAAUGCAACAAAAUCCACUUGCUGCCAGAUAUUUCCUUUCACCUCGGAGAGAAAACCUACCCACUCAGCGGCUCUGCUUAUGUCCUACAGCAUUCCGACUACGGGAAGGAUUUCUGUGCUGUGGCAUUCUCUGCUUUCGACAUUCCUCCUCCACUGGGUCCCCUUUGGAUUCUGGGUGCCAGUUUCAUUGGGCAGUACUAUACGGAAUUUGACCGGAGAAACAACCGAAUUGGCUUUGCCACAUCCCUCUGACACCGAGAGCGUCCUGUUUUGGAGGAUACUAACUUUUGAAGAGACACUUCAAACUGUGGAAGAGAACAGCUUACUAAUAUAUUAUUUUCAAAGUCACACAGAGCUUGUGUCAAUAUGUAUGCAAAAUCUUCUGCUGCACAACCAAAGGCAAUAUGCCAGUGGUAGCAUCUUGGAGCACAGAAAACUCUUCCCAUAAGUCAGAUAGUUGGACGUGUGUGCUUCCUACCUGGUUAACUGUAAUAUUUCCAUCUUAAAUUAUGUUUAGAAAGUAGCAUUCCCACUGGAGACUUCCACUUUCUACUCAACAGGGAGAGUGACAAGAAAGUGACCAUCGUUUGUGGUCAGGAUUACGUGUUUCCUUGCAAUCUGUGUGUAUUGACAUCGGUGCAAAACGCUUACUCCAAAGAGCACUCCACCUUUGGCUAAGUCCCAUGAUUUUCAGCUAAGUAUGAUCGGGCUAGAUAUUGAAAUAAAAAAACCACAUGAAAGUGAGGGGGAAAGUAUUCAAGGAUAAAGACAGGGUCACAUCCACACUACAAACAGUACUAAAACUUGUUUAACCUAAUCUAUCAGAGUUGCUUGGGAAUUAGAAUCUUAUGAGGGUGCUGACAGUGGUGAGGUUGCUGUGCCCCUUUACAGCAAUACAGUUCCCAGGAUCAGUGGUGGCUGGUAUGGGAGAGGCUGGGGGGCAGUGAAAAAUGAGUCCCACAUUCAGCUCCUUGCACUGCUCUCAUCCCAUCCUGGCCACCUCUCUGUCUUUCACGCCACCAUGCUGUUAACCCCAGAUGUACAGGCUGGUAUUUGCCGGGUUAUCCCCAACGCAGCAACUACCAACCCAUGCAUCUGGGAUUAACACAGCCGGUGAGAUGAGACACAGCCGGAACAAGGCAAGAUGAGCAUGGA